UUGCGCGUGUCCAGGCGCUCUGUGCCCGGAGACGCGUGCGUUCUGAGAGCCUCGGCGUCUGGGACAGGGGCGAGGGCUCGGUCUCGGGCGGGCUCCAGGAGGCCGGCUGUGCGCGGCGUUGGCGGCGGCGGCGGCGGCGGCGGACGUGCUGGUGUCCAGGGAGCGCUGCACCGCCCUGGAAUCGCUUCAUCAUGCGGAAUCUAAAGUUGGUUCGGACUCUGGAGUUCAAGGAUAUUCCAGCACCAGGGAAACCUCAGUGCUUCACUCUCCGAACUGAACAGGAUACAGUCCUCAUUGCUUCAGAAUGUGGACUGAUAGAAGUAAAUCCUGUCACAAGAGAAGUGAAAAAUGAAAUUUCUUUGGUGGCGGAAGGCUUUCUUCCAGAGGAUGGAAGUGGCUGCAUUGUUGGUGUUCAGGACUUGCUAGAUCAAGAGUCUGUGUGUGUGGCCACGGCCUCUGGAGAUGUCAUUCUCUGCAAUCUCAGCACACACCAGCUAGAAUGUGUUGGGAGUGUGGCCAGUGGCAUCUCUGUCAUGAGCUGGAGUCCUGACCAAGAGCUGGUGCUUCUUGCCACAGGUCAGCAGACCCUGAUUAUGAUGACAAGAGACUUUGAACCAAUCAUGGAGCAGCCAAUUCACCAGGAUGAUUUUGGUGAAAGCAAGUUUAUCACUGUGGGAUGGGGCAAGAAGGAGACACAAUUCCAUGGAUCAGAAGGCAGGCAAGCAGCCUUUCAGAUGCAAACGCUUGAAUUUGCUUUACCCUGGGAUGACCACAGAAUACAAGUUACCUGGCGUGGCGAUGGACAGUUUUUUGCUGUGAGUGUUGUUUGUCCAGAAACAGGGGCUCGCAAGGUCAGAGUGUGGAACCGGGAGUUCGCUUUGCAUUCAACCAGUGAGCCUGUGGCAGGACUGGGACCAGCCCUGGCCUGGAAACCCUCAGGCAGUUUGAUUGCAUCUACACAAGAUAAACCAAAUCAGCAGGAUGUUGUGUUUUUUGAGAAAAAUGGACUUCUUCAUGGUCACUUUAUGCUUCCCUUCUUCAAGGAUGAAGUUAAGGUAAAUAAUUUGCUCUGGAAUGCAGAUUCCUCUGUGCUUGCUGUUUGGCUAGAAGACCUUCAGAGGGAAGAAAAUUCUGCUUUGAAAACCUAUGUUCAGCUCUGGACUGUUGGAAACUAUCACUGGUAUCUCAAACAAAGUCUGUCCUUCAGUACCACUGUGAAGAGCAGGAUUGUGUCUCUGACGUGGGACCCAGUGAUCCCAUACCGACUGCAUGUUCUCUGUCAGGGGUGGCAUUACCUCUGCUACGACUGGCACUGGACGACUGACCGGAGCUCAGGAGAUCAUUCAAGUGACUUGGCAAAUGUGGCUGUCAUUGAUGGAAAUAAGGUGUUGGUGACAGUCUUCCGGCAGACUGUGAUUCCACCUCCCAUGUGCACGUACUACCUGCUGCUUCCACAUCCAGUGAAUCAAGUCACAUUCUCUGCGCACUCUACGAAAAGUAACGAUCUUGCUGUCCUAGAUGCCAGUAACCAGAUUUCUGUGUAUAAAUGCGGUGAUAGUCCAAGUAUGGACCCCACAGUGAACCUGGGAGCUGUGGGUGGAAAUGGAUUUAAAGUUCCUCUUAGAACACCUCAUUUGGAAAAGACAUACACAAUUCAGUUUGACAGUAGUGAAGAUCAAGAAGUAAACCCGCUGAAGCUCACCUUUCUCACCUGGAUCGAAGAAGACAGUUUCCUGGCUGUAAGCCACAGUCAGUUCAGCUCACAGUCUGCUGUUCACCAUUUGACCAUAGCCCCUUCUGAGUCGGCUGAGGAGCAAGGACAGCUUAUCAUCAGCUCAUCUGUGACAGUGGAUGGGAUUGUAAUCAGUCUGUGUUGCAGUUCCAAGACCAAGUCAGUGGCAUUGCAGCUGGCUGACGGCCAGAUACUUAAGUGCCUUUGGGAGUCAGCUUCUUUGGCUGUUGAACCAUGGAAGAGCCUUGGUGGAUUUCCUGUUCGAUUUCCUUAUCCAUGCACACAGACUGAAUUGGCCGUGAUUGGAGGAGAGGAACAUGUCCUUGGCCUGACUGAUAGAUGUCGCUUUUUCAUCAGUGACACUGAGGUUGCAUCAAAUAUCACGUCAUUCACACUAUAUGAUGAGUUUUUAUUGUUGACAACCCAUUCUCAUACCUGCCAGUGCUUUUCCUUGAGAGAUACUUCAUUUAAAUCAUUACAGGCAGGCCUGUGCAGCAGUCAUGUGGCUAAUGGUGAAGUUCUGCGGAAGGUGGAGAGGGGUUCACGGAUUGUCACAGUUGUGCCCCAGGACGCAAAGCUUAUAUUACAGAUGCCAAGGGGGAAUUUAGAAGUCGUUCAUCAUCGAGCCCUGGUUUUAGCUCAGAUUCGGAAGUGGUUGGACAAGCUGAUGUUUAAAGAAGCAUUCGAAUGCAUGAGAAAACUGAGAAUUAAUCUCAACCUGAUUUAUGACCAUAGCCCUAAGGUGUUUCUUGAAAACGUGGAAACCUUCAUUAGACAGAUAGAUUCUGUAAAUCACAUUAAUUUAUUUUUCACAGAGUUAAAGGAAGAAGAUGUCACAAAGACCAUGUACCCUGCUCCAGUUACCAGCAGUGCCCAGCUGUCCAUGGAUCCUGCCAGGAAAAAACUUGACCUUAUCUGUGAUGCAAUGAGAACAGCCAUGGAGAGCAUCAACCCUCACAAGUACUGCCUAUCAAUACUCACGUCUCACGUGAAGAAAACUACCCCCGAACUGGAAGUCGUGCUGCAGAAGGUACACGAGCUACAAGAGAGUGGUCCAUCUGUUCCUGAUGCUGUGAGUGCAGAAGAGGCCUUGAAGUAUUUGCUUCUUCUGGUAGAUGUUAAUGAAUUAUAUGAUCAUUCUCUUGGGACCUAUGACUUUGAUUUGGUCAUCAUGGUAGCUGAAAAGUCGCAGAAGGAUCCCAAAGAAUAUCUUCCAUUUCUUAAUAUGCUGAAGAAAAUGGAAACUAAUUACCAGAGGUUCACUAUAGACAAACACUUGAAACGAUAUGAAAAAGCCAUUGGUCACCUCAGCAAGUGUGGACCCGAAUAUUUCCCAGAAUGCUUAAAUUUAAUAAAAGAUAAAAACUUGUAUAAGGAAGCUCUGAAGUUAUAUCCACCAAACUCACAGCAGCACAAGGCUGUCUGCCUUGCUUAUGGGGAGCACCUGACGCAAGAGCACCAGCAUGAGACAGCGGGGCUUGUGUUUGCCCGCUGUGGUGCCUACCAGGAAGCUCUCUCAGCCUUUCUGGCUUGUGGCAGCUGGCAGCAAGCCCUCUGCAUGGCAACCCAGCUUCACUUGCCCAAGAACCAGCUGACUGACCUAAGUAGGACUCUGGCAGGAAAGCUAGUUGAACAGAGAAAGCACAACGAGGCAGCCAUAGUUCUGGAACAGUAUGCCCAGGAUUAUGAAGAAGCUGUGCUUUUGCUGUUAGAAGGAGCUGCCUGGGAAGAAGCUCUGAGACUGGUAUACAAAUAUAACAGACUGGAUAUUAUAGAAACCAACAUAAAGCCUUCCAUUUUAGAAGCCCAAAAAAAUUACAUGGCAUUUUUGGAUUCUCAGACUACCACAUUCAGUCGCCAUAAAAAACGCUUGCUGGUUGUUCGAGAGCUCAAGGAACAAGCACAGCAGGUGAAUCCUGAUGAUGAAGUGCCCCAUGUUCAAGAGUCAGACCUCUUCUCAGAAACCAGCAGUAUUGUGAGUGGAGGUGACAUGAGUGGCAGAUACUCCCAUAGUAACUCCAGGAUAUCAGCGAGAUCAUCUAAGAAUCGCCGCAAAGCAGAGCGGAAAAAGCAUAGCCUCAGAGAAGGGAGUCCACUGGAGGACCUGGCCCUUUUAGAGGCAUUAAAUGAAGUGAUACAAAGCACUGAAAAAUUAAAAGAUGAAAUACACCGUAUUUUAAAGGUACUCUUCCUCUUUGAGUUUGAUGAGCAAGGCAGGGAGUUGCAGGAGGCCUUUGACGGUACUUUACAGCUGAUGGAAAGGUCACUUCCAGAAAUUUGGACUCUCACCUACCAGCAGAAUCCAGCCAUACCCGUUUUGGGUCCCAGUUCUACUGCAAAUAGUAUCAUGGCCUCUUAUCAACAGCAGAAGACUUCAGUUCCUGUUCUUGAUGCUGAGCUUUUCAUACCACCAAAGGUGGACAGAAGAACACAGUGGAAACUGAGCCUGCUGGAGUGACCAGUGCAGUAGAAAGGCUCCAGCAAAGACCUGUUCCUUCUUGUUCCUAGUUGUCCUUCCAUCUUUGCUCCUGGAAGCCUGGCAGCUGAGAACUGGGAAGUGUGAUGAUAAGCAUUGCCUACCGCCACGGUGUGCACCAGGCCUCAGCAGACCCCAGGCAGUUCUAUUCGUACUUCGGUGUACAUCUCAAUCACUAGCAAAACUUGAAGCUUUAGCCAAUGACUGUAUCAUAAUUUUUAAAGAAUUAUUGUUCUUGUAUUUAAUGCUGUUUGAGAGUGUGAUUACUGUAAUUAAUUCCCUGCUACAGGUCUGAUUCGCAUUAGGACUGUGGAUAAGCCACUUAACUGAUUUGUGCCUUAGUUCUUGUCUGUUAAGAGGGAAUAAUGUUUCAUGGUUUCUAUCUUGGAAAUGUGAAGACAAGUAAAACAAUGUUUCUAAAUUGUUUCAUGUUACUGGAUCAGAGAGCAUUAUAAACAGUAGGCUAUUAGUGCCAUCAGUGUUACAGGGAUUGUCUUAUUGCCUGUGUAUUUUCUGCUACAACUUAUCUGUGUUAGAGCUGGAACAGGUUAGAACUUUUGAAACACUACAGGCAUAUUUGGUGCAGGUGAGCAGUGCAUGUUGUAUGCUGUUCAUAGUUGGAAGUUAUUCUUUGUUGUCCAAAUACUGUUUCCCUAACCAGAAUGUUUUUGUCCGUGUCUAGGCCAUUUCAUACGGUUUUUUGUUUGCUUGUUUUUUUUAUAGUAGUUAAUUGACCUCUCUUUCAUCCAGCUUCUUAAAAGAACUUUCAGUUUUGGGGUUUUUUUGGUGGGGGAUGGGGGGGUUGUUUUGAAAGAUGAGAAGGUUUUUUUUUUUUCCUGAGUCUAGAAAAAGCCCAGUUUAUUUUGACAAAAAUCCUUUGGUAAAGUUAGAAAUUUCUCUCCUGUUUUUAAUACAAAACCAGACCUUCACUACUGUAUGUAAACAGGAAGUGCUGCUUUUGAUCCCCAGAGUAUAAAUCUACUCAAAAUUAUAAUUUCAGAAGAAUUUUCUUAUUAUACUACGGUGUUGACUAUAGAAUCUAACUCACCUUUUAUGUGUAUUUGAAAAAUUUCAUAAAUAAUAGAGAAAAAAAGACAAUACAUUGUGCUUUGGGGAAAUCUUUUAAUUCAUACCCAUAAUGAAUUUGCUGUAAUUAGAUGUCCAACUGUGAAAUGUUGGAAGUACUUCCUGACUUCUAUUUGACAUGGAUAAGUGAACAUGGUAACUUAUAUGGCAUUUAACAUAUUAUAGUUCUUCUGCUUUGAAUCAUAAUAAAGGGUCCUAUGCCAGUAGACCGGAAAUAGAACUAAAUAUGUGAAAAUAGUGUGAAUUUUCACAGAUACUCUGUUGACUUAAAAUAAUGUAGUAGCAAGAUUUGAUGACUGCAAACUGCUGUCAGCUACAAUCUCUCAUCUGAGCAAGAUUGAAUUUUGUUCAUUUUGAGAAGCAGGUAGACCUUCCAAAUUAACGGUAAAGACAAAAAAGAAUUCAUGGGAGAAGAAAUGGAACAUAUUGGGAGAGGAGAAACUCCUGUGGGUGAUGAAUGCUGAAUUUGGGGAAAAAGUGUGUCAAGUUUUUAAAAAGAUUAUAUACUCUGACCAAAAAUUUGGACUAUAUUUCAGAGCAAGUUCAUGCUGUUAACAAGCUAAAAGCUCGUUUUUGGCUUGUUGAGUCAGGUAGUUUUGCCUAAAUGCUCUAAAUAUCAGCAGGGAACUUUUGGAGGACUAUUUUCUUUAAUUAAAGUAACUUCAGAUUCAUGUUUUUAAAAA